AUGGAGUUGGUGGGCAGUUUUCAGGAUUUGUUGGGCGAGUGCAGGAAGGUGUUUGACUCUGGCAAUGUGGUGGACGUGGAUCAGGUUAUGUCUCUCUUGGCUUCAUACACAUCCAAACCAGAGGAGUGGAAAAAGUUUGCCAAAUUUGACCGCCACAAGUACACCAGGAAUUUGGUUGAUGAGGGAAAUGGGAAAUACAAUAUUAUGUUGCUGUGUUGGGGAGAAGGAAUGGCCUCUACCAUCCAUGAUCAUUCCAAUGCCCACUGCUUCAUGAAGAACCUCAGGGGUCAUUUGAUUGAGAGAAGGUAUGACUUCCCUACAGAAGAAUUAGGUGUGAUGAUUGAGAAGGGAAACCAGGAUCUGAAACUGAAUCAAGUGGCCUACAUAAAUGAUGAAUUGGGCCUGCACCGAGUGGAGAACCCCAGCCACACAAACGUGGCAGUCAGUCUCCACAUCUACAUUCCGCCAUUUGACCAGUGCCACAUCUUCGACCCCCGCACUGGCAAGCAAAACGUCAGCAAGAUGACCUUCUGGAGCCGCUACGGAAAACGAAUUCCCUUCCAGAUUCAUGAAAAGACGUCACCACCAGCAGCAACAGCAGCAGCAGCAUGGACAGUUCAAGGAGAAACUGAGGAAAAUACCAAGAAUGAAAGCCUGGACAAUAAUGUGCAGCAUCACCCGCAGCAGCAAGCUGUGGUUCAAGUCAAGUGA